AACUAGAUAGUCAGGUACAAGUUCAAGUUGGAUUACCGACUUCCCUUGUAUACAUUCAAUUUAUGCAUGCACAACUGCCAUAUAUAGCUAUAGCGAAGCUAACAGAAAAUCAUCAACAGCAACACAGUAAGAAAAGAGAAGAGGAAGAUGAAGUCUUGGGCAUGCUUUUGUGUUUCUGUUCUAGUGCUACUGUUUGUCAAUCAUAUUAAUGAUGUUGUGGCGCAGGACACAUCAUGCCUAAAUGAGCUUGCUGCUUGCCUAAGCUACCUUAAUGGAACCCGACACCCACCCGACGAUUGUUGCAAUCCUCUGAAGUCGGUGAUCAAGUCGAAGCCAAAAUGCUUGUGCAGUAUGAUAAGCAACCGGGGCACCACUAAAGCCGAGCAAGCAGGCAUCAAUAUCACCGAGGCUCAGCAAUUGCCGGCAAGAUGCGGUCAACACGUCAACCCCAUCUCUUGCCUUUCAAGUAAUUCUCCUAAGAAGUCCAACAAGUCAGUUCCGAAUUCUGCAAAUAUCUAUUCAUUGCCUUCUCGUGCAAGUAUGGUGGCCACAGCGGUGUUUCUUCAGAUUAUAUUGAUUAGCAUCAAAUAGUACACAUGAACAGUUAGGGAAACUGCAUGGAUGCAGCCUAAGACAUGCAGUACGUGCUGUAGGCAUAUGCUCUACUUAAUCUUGUUCUUAUGAUAUAUGUUAUUUACUGGGUGGUUUUCUUUUUUAAACUCGGAUAUUACACGUACACUUAAUGUAUUCAUGAUCGGGUAGCUGUGAUGAUGCUGAACAAUUAACAAAAAUCAAUUCG